CAUAUAUAAGUUGCGGCCGCCGUUCACACCGCAGUUGUGUACCAUAGGCCGUCAGUAAUCAAUAUGAAACUCCUCAUCAUCACAGCCCUGGUGGCAUGCGUAGCAGCCGACGUGUCCCACAUUUUGCCCAGGUCUGCGGAAGCGGACGCUAAAAUCCUCAGACAGGAACAAGACGUAGGCCUCGAGGGACAGUACCAAUGGGCUAUCGAAACUGAGAAUGGCAUAUCAGCUCAGGAAAGUGGUGCUUUGAAAAACCCACAGUCGGAGAACGCAGCACAGACCGCACAAGGUCAGGCGAGAUGGACUGCACCCAACGGUGAAGUUAUAGAACUCCAAUAUACCGCUGAUGAAAAUGGAUACCAAGCACAGGGUUCUCAUUUACCAACCCCACCACCGAUCCCUGAAGCCAUCCUCAAGGCUCUGGAGUACAUCAGGGCCAACCCCCCACCACCGGAAAGGAACUAAGAACUACCCCCAUCAUACAGUCGAAGCAGAAUAAGUGAGAACUGGAUAAGCGAGAGUCAUUUUCCGCGAGACCUCCAGAAGCGAGAAACUUCAUUUGGAGAAAAAUAUGGACUCUCGCUUAUCCAGAAUCCAACGUAAUCUAUAGAUAUAGAUAUAGUCA